GCCAUCCGUCCGUCCAUGCAUGCAUGCCAUGUCGAUGGGUAGUUUUGUCUCAGUUGUUUACAAAUCGUCGUGGCGGUUGGUGGUGGACUUGAUUCGUCGUUCGACCCUAAACUACCUGUCUGUCUGUCCGUCGUUGACGUAGCGUAGUAGCCGUCAUCGUAUAGUUAUUCGCGAUUUGCGCGUUUUGGAUUUUCGUUGAUUUCACUCGAACGACGACGGUGUCGACGAAAAAGAGUUUGUGGUAGAAAGUUUUCUCGUGAUAAUCAAUCGAAAUCGAUCGACGGAUUUGGUCCUGCCUAUCCACGCACGGUAGUGCGCCGAAGAAAAGAAGAGAAUGUCCAUCUUAAGUGUGUUGUUGAGUGCUGCGCAGAAGUGAGGGGGCGUAUAUCCCUCCGCCAUUCAUCACAGUACGGUAAUGAGCGGAAAAAUCAGCUGUUCAGUCCAAUCCGGCACUGACUGACUGUGAGAUCUAUACUCUCAAACUCGAAAACCGGUCCAACCGUGCGCGUAUCGUUCGUACCAAAUGAGCUGAUCGCGUCGUAAUGCGAGUUGGUCCACCACGAUCGUCGUGUGGUUUUGGUGUCGGUGUCGGUUGGUGUGUGAUUUGAGGAAGUUGUUGAUUGAAAGAAAAACCCGGGCCUUCCCUCCCCGACAGAGAAGAAAGAGUGUUGAAAAAAGUGUUAAAUUAAUUCGAUCCAUACCAACUAUCCGUCUAUAGCGUCAUCGUCCCGCAUACGUACCCGGCAAUACCAGCUCGGCAGCACCGUGCUUCCCCCCGUGUAGUGUAGAGAGUGUGUUGUGUAUGCACAACUAGACAAACACAGAUCGACGGGUUUUUUUUUGUUUUCACGUGCAGCAAAAACGAAGAAAUGCAGCAGCCGCCAGUGCAGUGAGUGUUGUAAAGAAAAAAUAACAUGCGCGUGACUUCCUCGAUCGCGUGAGAGAGAUCUCCACCAGCGUCCUACCCCCCGUACCACUACGACUACUACGACUGUUGUUGCAAAACUUCCGGAAGUAGCAGCAGUCAGGCAGCCAGCUACGGCCCAACGUUGGCGAUGAAAAAGAAAACCAGCAGCGUGUUCGAGCUGCCGCCCAAGUGUCCGGCGCUGGCGGAUAAAAUUACCGGCAUCUUCGGCUGGCGGCACACCUACCGGGUGUCGCAGAAGCAGAAGGGCAUCCCGCACUGCCACCAGUAUCUGCACAAAACGUACUCGCUGAACCUGCCGAGGAAGACGAACCCCGACUCGUGGGUCGUGGUGCACCACCUUCAGUCACAGUCCGGCAUUCUCGAUCCGGACGAUCACAUUGGCGACGUAGCGGACGACCGGGAGGAGAUCAUAGCCAGCUACGAUGACUGUCCGGGAGGGCCCGAUCCGGGCGUGCCACAAGGAGGAGGCGACGGUGCUAGUGGUAGUUCGGUGGGGACCGGCAGUCCCGACAUCUUCCGUUCCGAGCCGGGAAAGUACGGUCCGGAAAGUUCCACACCUCACAUUGAGGUCACCUCGACGGAGCAACCGCCCAUGGGACUGGGACUGCAGGUCCGACGAGGUAGCGAGCCAUCUCUACACCAGAUCGGUGUAACGGACCAGCGCAGUCCGCUGUACAAUGUCAGCCCGAACGGCCAUCAGGACACAAAACGGUGGUCGGCGGCGCCGGUCUGCCGCAGUGACACCGAACCUCCGGAACGGUUACUGUCGCCCGGGAACGGGGUGCCGUACCUUUCGCCGGAGUGGAACGUCCUACCGGAGGAGGAAUCUCACGACAGUCUACCGCAGCAGUUCUCCCGAUCGGGGCGGCUUUCGAUGCAGUUCCUCGGGGCCGAAGCCGCCAACGGAUACCGAUGGAUGGAUGCGGCGGAGCGAGUGGCCACCGGUGGUGGUGUGGCGUACAAUGGAACCAGCGCCAACAGUAGUUUUAGUUCGAAGUCGCUCCCGAGGGAGUCGAAGCGGAAGGAACCGCUCGGGCAGGCGAAUGCUUCCGUGUAUGAGUCGUUGAGGGAGAAGGAUGGUGAAAUGCUCCUGGUGGUGAACGAAAACGGUGGUCCCCUGGGUCUAACGGCGCUCCCAGACCCGGACUACGGUGGACUGCUGGUGCAGAGUGUGGAACCGGGCAGCCGGGCGGAUCGGGGCCGGUUGCGCCGGGGCGAUCGCAUUCUCGAAAUCAACAACAUCAAGCUGGUGGGGCUCUCGGAGAACUCCGUGCAGGAACAUCUCAAGAAGAGCCUCUCGUCGCCGGAGCUGAGACUAAGGGUGAUAAGGGCGGGCGUCGGGACAAAGUACAAGCGAGACAACCGGGUGUCGCAGAUGAUCGAAGCGGAGGAGAAACCGACGGGUGGAGCUAAGGUGGCCACGGUUUCACCGACGAGGAAGGUGCCGGGGGCUCCAACGGGGAUUGCCCUGCAGGCGGCAAAUACCCGGAAGCUGGGCAAGCGCAUCGAGAUUUCCCUGAAGAAGGGAAUGAAUGGACUUGGGUUUUCGGUUACGACCCGGGACAAUCAGGCCGGCGGGCAGUGUCCGAUCUACAUCAAGAACAUUCUGUCGAAGGGGGCGGCGGUGGAGGAUGGAAGACUGAAACCGGGCGACCGGUUGCUGGAGGUGGACGGGGUUCCGAUGACCGGGAAGUCACAGACGGAGGUGGUGGCGAUUCUUCGAGCGACGGAGUACGGUGCCACCGUACGGAUUGUGGUGUCGCGGCAGCAGGAGCUGGCCGAAGUGGAGGAACGGGAAAUUGGCUGCGGCGUAGAGAGCGAGCAGAAAAGCACACCGCCGAAACCUCCGCCACCGGUUCUACCGAAGUCCUCGCUAAAACAGGGCGUCCGGGCCCGGUCGGAGGAGGUUCUGGACACGCACGACUCGUUGUCCUCAGCGGUGACCAAUGUGCGAUCAACGGUUUCCAAGAACACGGCCAACUCUCCUUCAUCAGUGCCACCCCCGGUCCAGAAGAAACCCCUGACGUCGAUCCUGAAGUCCGCAUCGACGAAUCAGAUGUCGGAGAUUUUGCAGGAUCAACCGUCGCUGCUGCAGCAGUCCUUGGGACCGGGCGCCGGCGGGAUACAGUGGAAGAACCGGGAGAUUCUGACGUUGCACAUUCCGGUUCACGACACGGAGAAGGCCGGGCUCGGGGUCAGUGUGAAGGGUAAGACGGGAUCCGGGAACAGCAGCGGGGGAAGUGGAGGAAGUGGUGGCGGCGGUAAGCACGACGGGGAUUUGGGGAUCUUCGUGAAGAGUGUACUGCACGGAGGGGCGGCCAGCAGGGAUGGGCGGCUGAAGAUGAACGAUCAGCUGCUGAGCGUCAACGGGGUCUCGUUACUGGGGCAGUCGAACGCCGAAGCGAUGGAUACGCUGAGGAGGGCGAUGCUUCAGACAGGUGGUACCAAUCAUCCGGGCAAGAUCAUUCUAACGGUGGCGCGGCGCGUUGGCCGACCGGUUAGCACCGGUGAACUGUUGGAAGCGAUCGACAACUCCAACUCCAGUGAGCAAUCCGGGGCCACGGUGAUCUACCUAAGUCCGGACAAACAGCAAUCUCAACAACAACAGCAACAGCAAGCCAACGAAAAGCAACAACAACAGAAACGGUACAGCAAUCCGGUGCUGGAUCGGUUGACGGGUGGAACCGGUCAAACCGUCACAACCGGAAGCAACGGUAGUUUGAAUCAUCAUCAGGUUAACGGCACCACCGGAAGUUCCACCACCAUCAACAACCAAAGACCUUCUCCUCUGUCGGCGGGCCAUGGCCUGCGGAACGAAAGCUACUACAUGGCUACGAACGACAACUGGAGUCCGGCGGCGGUCUGCAACCUGAACGGCAGCAAUGCCGUUCUGAUCGAGGAAGAUCCGGAACCGACCUCACCAACAUUCCAUCUGACGCGGCCAUCGGACGGCGGCAACUCCACGUCCACCCCCAAUGGUGACGUAACGUAUGCCAGUCAGCUAUCCCUGGACACGAACCCUCCGGCACCGGAUGCCUUCAGUCGGGACGCCAUCGGCCGGCGAUCGAUGUCCGAGAAGCAUCACGCCGCCCUAGAUGCCCGAGAAACCGGAACCUAUCAGCGCAACAAGAAGCUCCGCGAGGAACGCGAACGGGAACGGCAGCUGACUUCCGGCGGCCAGUCCGGAUCGGUGGAAUCCCUCUCGCAGCGGGGCCGAAUGAGCAGUUUGAAGGCGAAAUCAUCGGAGCUGAGGGCGGAGGCACUGGAUCGACUGGGUGAGUUGGGUCCAUCACUGGGAAUGAAGAAGUCUUCGAGCUUGGAGUCGUUGCAAACCAUGGUGCAGGAGAUUCAGAUGGCCGAUGAACCGAGGGGACCGAAUGCACUGAGGACACCUCGCGGCCGAGGACGGGAGGAGGUGCUGAGGGCCGCCGUCGAGCGGCCACCGGAGACGCAAGCCAAGAAGCACUGGCUGCUGGAGGAUGCCGCGCCGGAUGCGGAUUCCGGUGGAUUCGUCCCCCGAGGCUCCCCCUUCCAGUCAUCCCUGAACGAUGGCAAACACAAGAAUCGCCAGAAGAAGAGUGGCCUUUUCCGCGGUAUCGGCCACAUGUUCCGAUUUGGCAAACACCGGAAGGACGGAAUCGCUCCCAUCAGUGAUAACGUUCCGGCGGAUUACACCGCCGGAUGGGGAAGCGUCCCCGGCGACGAACGCUCCCUGCCAAAUGGAGUCCAAAAAGGUCAAACCCUCACCGUGAAGCAGAGCAGUUCCAAGUCCAACGGGCCCGCUUCGCUGGGCCUUACAAACGGAACUUCCUCCGGCCACGCUCGAACCAACUCCGUAGAGCGGUCGGCCACUUCCGGCGUGGUGGUCAGCCAUCCGCCCAUGUACCAGCCGCCUCCGCCACCGCCGGCGUCACAGCAGCAGCAGAACGGAUCCGCCAUCCACCACACGGACGUGUUCAACCACCGGUAUUCGCACUACGUCAACUACGAGGAACUGCAGCAACAGAUCAGUAACCGACUAACGCUGGCCUCGCGGUCGUCAUCCCACGGUAAUCUCGCUAGUGGUGGUAGUGGUUCCGCUAACCAUAUCUAUGCCCUUAUCAGCCAAUGCCAAUCAAGUAACAAUCAAGCUAACCCUAACGCUACAGCAACCUUGCCGCGGCCUCCCGAUCCAAGCCGAUCCCGCUCGAUCUCUCCCGAUCCUCCAGUACCACUCACCUCCAGCAGCAACAGCAGCCGCCGCCGUCCUCCGUCACCUCUUGCAACAACGCUGGAAGAGCUUAUUUCCAUCGAUUUGUUGCGAGCUCUGCGGCGAGCACAGAUGGCGCCACCUCCCUCGGCACAACAGCACCAACGUCAGCUAAGCAGCGACUACUGUCGGUACGUGAGCCGAACCCGUAUGACCACCAGCAGUUCCAGCAGCAGUAUCAGCGGCCAUCCGCCUGGCGAAAGGCCAGCAGUCUCACCUACGACGACACCGUCGUACGCUGCCAGCAGUGGUCCUAGUCGGCAGAGUCCGGUGGAUUCCCUGUCGGAAUCCACGCUGGAACAGAUGCGCCAACAGGUGCGCCACCAGCGGGAAAAGGUGGAACAGGAAAGCCGACGUCAUCAUCAUUAUCAUUCCCAAAGAUCAACCAGGAACACUCCUCCGAUGGACAUAACCCUUCACCAGCAGCAACAGCAUCCGAAACUGAAACCGUCCCGGCCCGUUUCCAGCUACUACGACGGCAUGUACGAAACCAUUCAGCACAAUGGCCUGGGUGGUUCCCAGCGAAAAUCCAGUCAUCCUUCAUCCCCGUCCAAACUGCAGCAGCAACAACAACUCCAACAGCAACAACAACAACCGUCCAAUUGGAAUGGAACGGUGUCAUCCGGCACCGCCGGAACUGGUCCAGGGUAUCACAAUCACGGUUCGAUUCGAAGCCGGGGUCCCUUCGUGACCCAGGUGCAAAUUCAGAACCAGAUGUCGUAUCAGUGAGAACCGUAGUAGGCGUAUCGAGAGUGAACAUUUUUACGCUGGAAUGUUGGUAGCAUUGUGGCGAACCAGUAGUGUUGCCAGUUUUCUCGAUGCGUGAUCUAAAACCGAAAAAAUAACGUUCUGUGAUGUUGCAACGUCUCAUUCACGAAAGUAUGUAAGCCAUCAUUCUUCGUUUAGAAUCCUGUUUUUCUUUUGUAUUAAUAUUGGUCGUGUAGAAAAUUAGAUUACUAGAACUUUCGCGCGCGUAAGGCAAAUCCAUUCGAUUAAAAAAGUGAUGUUUUAGAUCAUUUUUUUAGUUACCACUACCACCUAAGCUUUCCACUGUCCACUGUUUCCGAAGUCUGGAAUCUGUUUCCUUUAAGCGACACGAACAAAUUUCCUAACUCAGAUUUGUAAUCUUCAAAGAGUAACGCAGGAUCAUUUUUUUAUUAGAAAAAUAACGCAGAACGAUUAUCAACGUCUGACUUCAUUCUAUUUUAUUGAUAAAUUGUGUAUACACACAGCUUGGUUCGGACGAACCGCUUGUAAAUUAUCCGACUGUGCAGCUUGUAAAUAUUUAUGAAUAAUCGCGAAACGAAAAGUGCUUUAUUGUUAUUACAAUGGAACAACAAUACAUAUAUUAACGGAAUCGAAUGUCCUCAACCGGUUAUCAGAAGUCGAUGUUAUAACAAAAGAUACUCUAUUGUGUAAAUAUUCUUUAAUUCUUUCAAAUAAGUCUACUUAACAUUGAGGAACCCUGGAUCGACUACCGUCGGGUCACAAAAUCUUACAUUCCUCCAGAGAGCGAUUUCCCUCCUUACAAGAAAAGGUACUUAACUUAGACACUCCACCCACACCGAUAAAUCGCUAUCAAAUAGUCCGCGUUUAUUCCACUGUGCUCCAACGCUCCCGCGCGGCUAUAAUCUACUUAACUAAGUUGCCUUAACUCGUUGUUAGGAAAAAUGAAACAAACACAGAGAUGUUAUAACAUAUAUAAAGAAAGAAAAACAGAAACGAAAGUUCAUUAUAUUCAAAGUACGUUAAAAACACGAAACAACUCAUUAAAGUGGGAACUAUAACAGCAACAGCAGCAACACUGCUCUGCUGGAUCGAAGAAUCUUUGUAAAGUAUUAUAAACUGCGCCGAAAAAUGCAUAAACUGUAAUAACUACAAUGAA